AUGCUUAUGUCACUAUGGGAAAUCUGUAGUGCACGAUCUAAUUCCUUCCGAAAAGCCGUUCCUUUCUUAUUUGAUAUACUGAACUCUGGUCUUACUUCUGGAGUGACGCACAUCGAUUUCAAAUCAGGUGUGACACAAUAUAUUGAUCACCGAUUCAACUAUCGUGCUACAAAAAUGAAAGUCAUUAAUACAAAAAAGGAACAACAAGCAAUUAAACAUAAAAUAAAUCGAAAAAUUCGUUAUUUUUUAGGACAAUAUUGUCAUAUUGAUCCAAUCAAUAGUAUCAGUGUCAUAGGAGAAAUACAUCGUCAACUAAAUAUUGAAAUAAACAUUAACAUGAAGCUAAUGAAUUUAUUAUUGAUAAUGAAUUAG